CUGUGGUUAUACUUGCCAUAGUUGCCAUUAUAACGGAUUGUUUUCUUUAUUGCACAGGUACACGUUGAUUUCGUAAUGACAAGCUGCUGUGCAGAAGAUGUCCACGCUGUCUGUGACUGAUAUCCCAGAUGUUGGUCAUGAUGAGAGUAAGGUGUUUGACGGGGCCUCUGAGCUGCAGCUGGACUGCAUGGUUGAGGAGAGCAGUGGAAGCACCACAAUGAAGCACGAUGGCCUGCUGUCGCUGGCUGACCUCUCCCAGCCAGAUGACUUCCGCGUCCCCCCACAUAAUGGCCCUUCACUAACUGACAUGAGCAGCCCUCUGCCGGUAGAGCCGAGCGACAUUAAGUUGGAUCCAUCUGCAGGUGACACAUCUGCCAGCAUAGAUGGCCAGCCAGUGAAGAGAAAGAAGGGGCCCGCGCCAAAGAUGCUCGGCAAUGAGGUGUGCAGCGUAUGUGGUGACAAGGCCUCUGGUUUCCAUUACAACGUGUUGAGCUGUGAGGGCUGCAAGGGCUUCUUUCGGCGCAGCGUCAUUAAAAGUGCCCAGUACAACUGCAAAAACAAUGGCCGCUGUGAAAUGGACAUGUACAUGCGGCGCAAGUGCCAGCAGUGCCGCCUGCGCAAGUGUCGGGAGGCGGGCAUGCUGGAGCAGUGUGUGCUCUCUGAGGAGCAAAUCAGACUGAAGAAGAUGAAGAAGCAGCAGGAGGAGGAAACAGCCCGCACGUCCACAGUGGUCACCCCCACCCCUCCGCAGGAAACAGCCGCGCUCGAUCCACAGCAGCAGGAGAUGAUUGAGAAGCUGGUGGCCAUGCAGAAGCAAUGCAACAAAAGGUCUUUCCUUGACCGACCGAAAGUGACACCGUGGCCACAGAGUCAGGACCUGCAGAACCGAGAAGUGCGUCAGCAGCGGUUCGCCCACUUCACUGAGCUAGCAAUCAUGUCUGUCCAGGAGAUUGUGGAUUUUGCUAAGCAGCUUCCUGGUUUCCUGGAGCUCACGAGGGAAGACCAGAUCGCUCUACUGAAGACAUCAACCAUUGAGAUUAUGCUGCUUGAGACAUCACGGCGGUACAACCCUGCUAUCGACAGCAUUACAUUUCUGAAGGAUUUCAGCUACAAUAAGGAGGAUUUCGCCAAAGCAGGGCUUCAGUUUGAGUUCAUUAACCCCAUCUUUGAGUUUUCUAAAGGAAUGAACGACCUGCACCUGGAUGAGGCAGAAUAUGCGCUGCUUAUUGCCAUCAACAUCUUUUCUGCAGAUCGCCCGAAUGUGCAGGAUCACGAUCUGGUGGAGAGGCUGCAGCAGCCCUAUGUGGACGCACUGCGCUCUUACAUCAUGAUAAAGAGACCAAAUGAUCAUUUGAUGUUUCCCCGUAUGCUGAUGAAGUUGGUGAGCCUCCGCACACUAAGCAGCGUCCACUCGGAGCAGGUUUUCGCCCUUCGCCUCCAGGACAAGAAGCUGCCCCCGCUGCUCUCUGAAAUUUGGGACGUGAACGAGUGAUUGCAGACCCCGAUGUCACACUCUUUUUGAAGCUUGAGACAGACAUGGCAUCCAGCAGGAACACUGACUCAUUUCUGGCCAUCUGGUCAGGGAUUAGUGAGAUUUUCGUCUCGUGUGGGAGGAGAGCAUUGUCGCCCUUUGCUCUCAGACAGACUGCUAAAAGGUUCUGUGUUCGAACGGCGAAACAUGAACACCUAGUUGUCUUUGAGCCUUUUGUUGUUCUUAAUUUUGUGUAGAUGCUGACAUGGUUGUGGCGAUAUUAAAAAACCAGCAUCAGGCUCUGUAGCCAGUUUUCUUUGAUUUAAUAUUUGUUGAAAGUUAUGUCAAUUUCUAGUGCAGUUCUAUAGUCAUCCUCUAACAAUUAUAAUCUGAGCAGGUCUUAGCUGUGGCUGUCUCAAACGUCAGGAUUACAGCUGCACAUUCAGUUGAAAUAGUGAUUAUUUUCGCAGUCGUGCAAUAGGUGGAAACGGAUACAGAGUUAAGCAUGAGCAGACGCAUAUCUGCUGUUCACUUUAUUGAUGUUAGGGUUAAAUGGUAGGCCAUCUGGUUGGUAUUGUGCGUUGUGAUAUGGCAACAAAUACUUGGUGUUCCUUUUGGAGAAAGUGCAGAAAUCAAAAGGUUGGUGUAGUCGCUCAGGUAAAGUAAUGUGAAGUAGACCUCUAGAAACUGGAGGCUUCUUUAAUUUCCAUUAGAUUAGUUUUCUUCCAAGUGCAUAAGGGACCCUUUUGGUCAUUUCUAGAUGCCCAUUAACUUUCAUGUAAAAUUUUAUAUUUAUUUUCACAAGACAAAUGUAUAGCGUGCACACAUGAAAAGUAUCCACAAGAUUGUACAAUCACAUACUAACGCACAUGAAAGUAGAACUGCAGACUGUGCCCUCGUUAACAGGAAAUGGUGAUGUGACUAAAAAAAAUUUUUUUAUUUUAUUUUUUUUACACAGAGCACUGGUACCUUGAGAUAGGUGGUACUAAUGUCCACAAAUUCCAUGUAAAGAUUAAAUGUUGGUUAAAAAAGGAAGUCAAGCAACCAUCUGUGUGACCCUCCUUCCAAAUAAAUGAAAAUCCAUCCUGACAGAGUCGUAUUCAUAAAUCAUAAAAUGGAAAAAAAAUUGCCUCUAUUAACACCUUAUUCAUCGUUACGUGUAUGUGACAUGUACUUCUAUUCAUUUCAUUACAAAGCGGUUCAGUUGUUUUCAUAUUCUGAUUUGUUGUUUCAUCACUAGCAUUUAAAAGUGUGACAAAUGUAUAAGCAACAUAUAGUUUGAACAGGAUAUAGAGAAUUUGACAGCCUUUUAUUUUUGAUAUCGUGUGAAUGACACUGAGGAAAAAAUGUACAGCUGAUUUUCAGAUUGAUCUUAACCAUAGUCUGAGUAUCAUUCCUGUACGGGUACUCGACACCAACAGCUUUAACUGGUCAGAUUUUGUAAAGAGUAGUAAGAGAAGAAAACCAAAACCUCUAUUAACAGGAAUCAGAGAACAACAGGAAAUGAGUAGAGACAUUAAAGUUAUAAAGUCCUUUAUAACGACAGAGAUUCAGAUGUUGAUACUCAUGCUGUGUUUUCUCCUGUGCAGUGUAAACUUGAAAUACGUAACAGACGAUAAAGAAAUGUCAACGCAGAUUUAUAAUCGUGUAGUUUAUUUUCUCUUCAUGUGUCGAGGGCUGAAAACUGUUCGACAUAAAGCCACUGCAGCCAGUGUUUGGAGUGACAGUAACCUCCUCAGCUGUCUGUGUAUCCAUGUUCAGGUACCACCACUAGCUCUCAUACCUUUAGAUGUCCAAAGCAGAUUUCUCUGUCCAAACAGUUUCAACCAGGCAUUAUGAUGUUUUGUAAUGCUUUUUUUUUUUUCAAUUUCUUUUGGCUUCUAAUUAAUGAAAACUGCGUUCAACUGCUGAGCUGUUGUAGCUGUUAUGGAACAUUGAUUGUAAUACGCAGUAACAGGCACAAGUAACGUCCUCAGUUAUAGUAACAGGCAGGCCUAGUGCUAAUUUUGAUUUCAGUGUUAGACUUGGUUUGUGUUAUUCUCUCUUUACUUCAUUCACAAACAUGUCUGUAAUGCAUUAUGUUCUGUUGGAAUUAGAAACCUGUUGUGGAUCUCCCAGAUGCUCACCAGACAUUUUUGCUUGCGCGUCUUUCACACCCAGUCUUAAAGGUCCAGUGUGUAGGAUUUAGUGGCAUCUAGCGUUGAGCUUGCAGAACUCAAACUGCUCCGGUGUCUAACGUGAAACUACGAAUUCUGCUAUCUUGAGCUACUGUUUGGUUUGUCUGUUCUGGGCUACUGUAGAACAACAUGGCAGACUCCGUGCGAGAGAGGACCUACUCUGUAUGUAGAUAUAGGGCCCGUACACAUGCCACGUCUUAAACUGCCUGGAAAACGCAAGGAGUUACUAUUGGGCUGUUUUUGUGCCAGCCUUUAGGAGUGCGGCAGGUUUGAUCUGAGGUUGUAACAAGCACCAUAUUGAAACUUAUUUACCUGAAAUCCUGAGUGCAGAGCUGAUCUUCCAGGCGCUGUUAAUAAGUGUGUAGGCCUAUCGUCUGUGGGACAGAUGUAAAAUUGUGGCAGCCCUGCACCAAAAUGAUCACCUUUUCCGUAUUUAUCACAGAAUGACAUUUACGGGAGAAGGGAAAGAUAUUUGUUGGCUGUGAGUGGUUGUUCCAGAAGAUGAACAGUGUCGCUCUGUUUGAGCACGCCUGCCAUGCGUCUACGUUGAAGACAAUUCAAGGGCCAGAAAAAAUGGCAUAUGUACGUCCCCAUAACCGGUUCGUUUUUUAAGUAACGAAAACACAACCAUUAUUAAUUUCAGGUAAUUUUACACUAAUCAAACAUAGUUAUGAAUAUCACAUUCAUUUCAGCCAAUAUUCAUUUAUCCAUAACCGCUUAUCCUGUUAGGGGUUGUGGGACGGCUGGAGCCUAUCCCAGCUGACACUGGGCAAGAGGCGGGGUAUACCCUGGACAGGUUGCCAGACUAUCACAGGGCUGACACAUAGCGACAGACAACCAUUCACACUCACACCACCAAUUAACCUGCAUGUCUUUGGACUGUGGGAGGAAGCUGGAGUACAGGAACCCUCUUGCUGCCUAUUUCAGCCAAUAGAUGCCUCUAAAUCCUUCAAACUGGACCUUUAACACAUCAAGGGUAUACUACAGUACUUGCUAAUGCAUCUUUACUAAUGAUAAAAGUAUAAAUUGCUGAGUUCAGUUCAUGUUUGAUCUAUGCAGUUGAUUUUUUGUUUUGUUUUUUGGAGCCAUAAAUGACAGUUCACUGCAUCUCUGGCCUCGCUGGGCGAACGCUGUUCGACUGUGGUAGACAAUGAUCAAAACACACUGAGCUCCACCUGUUGGUUGCAUGACUGAACACAAACAAGUGGAUGUUUUCCCUCCACAUUCUUUAUCAACAGCGGUCUGUUCUUGCGCCUGCAGAAUCAUCACAGCAACAACAGUAAAUAGUCUUUUCCUUCCUCGCCCGCGACAGUUGCUCAGAAAAUCACCUGACAGAAGCCCCACAGUUCAGUAAUUACUUUUCUGUUCCUGGAAGCGAGUGACAACAUGAAGAGUUUCAUUCCCAUUCUUAACUACAUUAUGUUGCAUUGCUAAUUUGAAAAGUUGCCUGAAUUAAAUGUCAAGCUUGAUAUCAGUAAAGUUAAUUAACGCUCUAACAUAAGGAAGAGUUUCCUGAGGCGCACGUUUCCAUUCAGCAGCAACACAUAAAGACAGAAUUCAAAAUGGUGUCCUGGCAUUUUCUGACCACGUAUUGUAUCAAGCCUUUUGCCUUCCCUCUCGAAAUUUGAUUUACUUUGUAUUGAUGCUCUAAAAUGUUUUUCUUAAUGAUUUUCUUACUUCCUUCUAACCCUUUGGAAAUGUGUUUAAUGGUUUUCUUUUUGACAGGUGGAUCAAUAUUAAAAGAAGCAGAUUAAUGUGAGAGAGUGCAGCAUUUCCAAACCAGUAAUUUGUUUCUUUUGAGCCCCUUUGUAUUGAAAUGUGAGGUUUGCUUUUGGUUUUUGGUUUGCUGCUUGCAGGGUAUCUGGAGCCAAACAUUAACCAUUAUGUUUGAAAGUAGCCUCUGUAAUAUCGGGGUUAAUUUUACACCAUGGCCUGAUCGAAUUCAAGCUCCGCUGACAGACGGGAUUUAAUGAAAUUAUUUUGUCAUGGUGUGCUGAACAAAUGGGCAAAAACCAUUAGAUGUUGGCACUUAAAGAGGCAGCUCACCCCAAAAUCAAAAGCACAUAUUUUCCCUCUUAGCUAUACGGCUAUUUAUCAGUCUAGAUUGUUUUGGCAUGAGUUGCAGUGUUGGAGAUGUCGGCUGUAGAGAUGUCUGCCUUCUCUCCAGUAUAAUGAAACUAGGUGGCACGUGGCUUGUGGUGCUUAAAGGGACAAGAAAAAUACAUUUGAGAAACAGCGUUGAAAGCGUGCAUGUACUUAAUGGCAUCCUUCUUGGCUGAGCUGUGACGUUAGCUAGCAGUAGAUGCACGCUUCCUUCUGUCUAGUAUAGCUCAGUAGAAAGAAAAUAGUUCCUACAUGGAACUGCUCACAACAAAGUCUGUUGAUUAUCUUGAGUAAUCGGGUCAUGAUUUCUGGAAAGAGACAUUGCUGUCGAGUGUUUCAAAUUUAUUUUGUGGCGCCUUGAGCACCACAAGCUGAGUGCCAUCUAGUUCCAUUAUAUUGGAGAGAAGGCAGACAUCUCUACGGCUGAUAUCUCCAACACGCAGCAACUCACACCAAAACAAUCUAGACUGAUAAAUAGCACUACAGGUAAGAGGAAAAAUACGUGUUUUUGAUUUUGGCGUGGACUGCCCCUUUAAAUCUUUGUUUCUUAGUGUACAUGUUAUGUUAAUGUCGUAGGUAUCGAGGUUAAUUGUACUGUAUAUACUGUAAUUGUCAUCUGAUCUCACUUAAUUCCUGUUUUCAAAGGGUGACACUGUAAACAUUGUGGAUGUAUAGAAAUGCAAACCUAUUUUAAUACUUGUAACUCCUGAAGAACUUCUGUUUUGUAUGUACAGUAUAAAUUAAAGCUAUGCUGUAGUGCUGAGA